UGCAAUUAUCCCGAACGGCUUCACUGCUUAACUAUAAGUUACCUGAGCAGAAGCACUUCCGCUGAUCUCAUCUCAUUGGAAACACUGACUCUGACAUUAACUCUGACUCUCAAUCACGAAAUUCACAGCUGCCACCAAGUAUGUAUGAAUCCUACCGCCCCCAUCCACUCCUCGCCCAAGUUCCCUUGACCGUCUCCCCAUUCAUCAACCUGCCCACCACCGUCACCCUUCCCUACACCUACAAGUCGGUCCCGUCUACCAUCCCUCCGUCCGUCACCGUCGAUCCCAGUAACCCCGACCAUAAGACCCGCUACGUAGUCUCCUCGAGCGGGGAGCACGCUGCCACCCCGGAGGAGAUCCUCGCCUCGUGCAACGCCCUCGAGCAGCAUCUGAACAAGGCCCGCAGCGACGCCGAGAAGGCGAUCCGCGACUGGGAAGAAUCGAUCGUGCAGCGCGACCUGGCCGAAAAGCGACGAGUGGCGCCUGGGUGGCUGGACCGGGAGGAGAAACUCCUCCGGCCGGUCAACGCGGCCGGGGCAGGAACCCACGAAGAAGCGCGGUCGAGCUUGUUGGAUAGUCUGUCGGCUACGGAUCCGGGGGCGGCUGCCUUGCCAUCGAUGGUGCCGCGCGACGAGGGAGAGGAGCUCGACCGGGCGUUUGGGGGGCUGAAUGUGAAAUGAGGACACUUGCUUAUCGUGACACGAACUUUGAUGAAGACGAGCUUAUCGACGAAAGAGAACUCUAUUGCCUUCGGAAUCUGCGCUCUGGUCUGGGCGGUUUUAGGUUGUCGGGGCAUGCAGAGUGCCCUUGCUGGACGACAAGCGCGGCAGACGGCUUGAUGCUUUGCAACAACAUGCCGUCAAAUCUGCACAGGCUCAGAACGACAAUGCAACAUGCACCAUACACCAUACGAUAAGCUGCGCGUCAUGAAGCUUGAUUGAAAGGGACAUGUCCUGUAGCUUCUGGUAUGGGAAAUAACGAGAAAGCCAAGGGCUGUUCUUUGGCCUUUCCCAGAGUAUACGGACCACCACGACAGACCAUCGGGCUACUCAGUGACAGUCAGAAAGUGAAGCUUAAAUCAAAACAGACCUUCUAUAGACAGCUAAAAUGAAU